AUGCAAAGACCCACGCGCCAUUGCCCGUUACCAUGUUCCGGUUGGCCAACUGGCCUCUAUGCCGGGGGGCUCCGUGUCUGGACCAUUUCAGGACAGGAGCUGCGCUUGAAGGACCUCCAUACUGUCCAUACCGUGCGGGACUUGAAGACGCUGUUGCGCGUGCAGCAUGGCUUUCCGUUCUGCCUGCAACAGCUGCUGCACGAGGGCAACAGCUUGAACGAUUCCACCCUGCUGCAUGCUCUCAACGACUUGCAAGUAGUUCUUCUGUCCCUUUGCACACCCGAGCAGAAGUGGGAAGCGGGCAUUGAGCUCAGUGAGGCCUGUCUGGAGGGUGACCAAGAAGCUGCGCGGUUGCUGUUGGAAGCUGGCGCCCACACGGAAAUCUUCGGUGGCCUCAACUACACGCCCCUCAUGUUUGCAGUCUGGAAGGGUCAAGCGGAGAUUGCGAAGUUGCUGCUGGAAUCCGGAGUCAAUAAGAAUUGGCAAGGCCAGGACGGCCACACAGCUCUCACGCUCGCAGCUAGAGAUGGCCAUGUGCACAUUGCAAAGUUGCUGCUGGAAUCUGGCGCCGACAAGGACUUUCAGGAUUCUUUGGGCUACACGCCGCUCAUUCAUGCAGCAAGAGAUGGCAGAGAUGGCCAUGUACAGAUUGCAAAGUUGCUGCUGGAAUCUGGCGCCGACAAGGACUUUCAGGGUUCUUUGGGCUACACGGCGCUGAUUCAUGCAGCCAGAGGUGGCCGUUUCGAGAUUGCGCGGUUGCUGGUAGAAGCUGGUGCCGACAAGGACUUGCAGGGCAACACCGGCGUCACGGCUCUCAUGGGUGCAGCUAGGAACGGUCACAAGGAGAUUGCGCAGUUGCUACUGCAAGCGGGUGCCGACACAGACGUACAGGAUCAGUUCAGCGUCACGUCUUUUGGGCAUGCAGUUUCCAAUGGCCACGGAGAGAUUGCACGUUUGCUCAGAGCAAAGACUCGUAGGAUCAUAGCAUCAAACUAG